CUCAACAAGGCCAACUUUAUAAUAAGCAGUUCAUCAUGCCAAGAAAGGGCAAAAAAGCUCAUAAAUUCUAGUCCUUUAACCAAAACAACACACCAUAUAGCUACUUCAAUUACAUUUGCAAACGAAGAAGCUAAGCUUGACAAAACCCAAAUGGCUUCUUCUUCUUCUUCUUCUCUGAUUAGUUACACUUUCACUCUCUUCUUCAACUUAGCUCUAUUCCUCCUCCUCCUCCUCUCAACCUUAAGCAAGACCAGUACCCAAGGAAGUUUCUCUGAGGAGGUCUCGGAAGCCAUAGCUUUGAAGCGAAUGGAGAAGACAACCCACCUCCAUUUCUACUUCCACGACAUCGUUAGUGGGAAGAACCCAACAGCAGUGAAAAUUGCAGGAGCGGAAGAUGGAUCGGUGAUGGGAUUUGGGACAACUUUCAUGAUGAAUGAUCCGCUGACGGAAGGGCCAGAGAGCAACUCAAAGCUAGUGGGAAGAGCUCAAGGGAUGUAUGCAUUGGCGUCAGAGAAGAACAUACCAGAAUUGCUGAUGGUGGUGUAUUAUGAAUUCGAACAAGGGAUUUACAAUGGGAGUAGCAUAAGCAUCCUUGGGAGGAACCCAGUGUACAAUGAUGUGAGGGAGAUGCCGAUUGUUGGAGGGAGUGGGGUUUUCAGGUUUGCUCGUGGUUACGCAUUGGCACACACCAUUUGGCUCGAUGCAAAGACUGGAGAUGCCACUGUUGAAUACAAUGUUUAUGUUAUUCACUCUUAGAUGAUACUAUUAGACUGUGUUUGAUUAAGGAAUUUGGAAAGGAAAUUGGAAAUGAAAAAAGUAGGUGAAAUAUAAAUAAAAUAUAUUUAUAUUUUAUCUAGUUUCACACUUUUUUCCUUUUCAUUUCUAAAUCUCUUCCCAAAUCAUCUAACCAAACACAGCAUUAGACAAUUAACUAACUACUCCUAUAUGCAAAUAUGCCCGUGCUUGUGCCUGUGUGACUAUGUCUAUGUCUUGUCUCUUGGUUUUCAUGUAAGUGAAUAGGAUAUUAUAGAUAUCUCACUUUGAUGGCAUCAGGUUGCCUUUUGCUUUGUUGUGUCAUUUUCAUUUUCUUAGGAUGAAUAGUAACUCUAUCACCCCAAAUUUGAAUCCA